AGAGUACACAGCCCUUCGCGAUCAAUGGAUUCGAGAUGGCGAAGGGUUCGUCCUCGUCUACAGCAUCUCAUCACGGUCGUCCUUCUCAAGGAUCAAGAGGUUUCACCAUCAGAUCCAGCGAGUCAAGGAAUCAUGUGCAUCCUCACCCUCAUAUCCCGGCUCGCCAAUCUCGGCCGUCAGCCCGCAAGCACCCGUGCCAAUCAUGCUUGUUGGCAACAAGAGCGACAGAGUCACCGAGAGGGAAGUGUCGACACAAGAAGGCCAUGCCCUGGCCCGCGAGCUCGGCUGCGAGUUCGUCGAGGCGUCGGCCAAGAACUGCAUAAACGUCGAAAAGGCCUUUUACGACGUCGUCAGAAUACUCCGGAGGCAGCGCCAGGCAGCCUCGCGGCCCCAACCCAGCGGGCGAAGCAACACCCGGCCGUCCAACGGCGACGCCGGGGCGCGAUACGACGACAAGGAGGGCGGCGACCGCUACCGCCGCAAAGUGGGCAGGAGGGAAGGCAAGAGCAAAUGCGUCGUCCUGUGA